CAUUUCAAUACAAAUUUUUCUUCUUUUUCCCUUCAACAUUCAUACACACAUUUACACAAAAAAAUGGCUGUGGAUUUAGUUGGACUCAACACAGUUGAACAUUUUAACCGCUUAUUUCAAAACAACCAUCACGCUGAGAAUUUCAACGUUGUUUCUUCAUCUACAUUCCAACAAGCUGUUUCCGCUCUCAAGCGUAGCGGCCACGCGCGGUUUCGCCGUGCUCCUGCUGUUGUCUCGGAUCCUCACGCGCCCUCUAUUUCUUCUACAACGCAAUCUCAAGAAAAAAAUGAGAGAUCAAUUAAUGAUAAAACCAUGUCGUCAUCUUUGAUAUCGUCGUCGUUUGCUGAAGGAAGUGUUUCUAAGUGUUCUUCGUUAGGUAUUGUUGCUCCGGCGCCGUCGUUCUCGGCCAAGAAACCGCCUUUGCCGUCGUCUCAUCGGAGAAGAAACGGCACCGACAGUCCGUCUGUUUCGGUUUCUCGUCCAGCUUGCCAUUGCUGUAAAAGAAGGAAAUCGGAAAUUAGAAGGAAAGUAAAAAAAAUUCCGAUAACAGGAUCAAAAGUAGAUAGUAUACCAGCUGAUGAUUACACAUGGAAGAAAUACGGUCAGAAGAAAGUUGAAGGAUCUCCUUUUCCUAGAGUAUAUUAUAAAUGUAACUCAGCAAAAGGAUGUCCAGCAAGGAAGCGAGUAGAGGUGGUUGUAGCGGAUUCAAAAAUGCUUGUUGUAACUUAUGAUCGAGAACACCGGCAUCAUCACACUCCCACGCCAUUACCCACACCAGUUUUACCGCCACCUUACAAAUGUUGAGGGUUUUGUUUUGUAUAUUACGUGAACUAGAAGGGAGUAAAUUGUAAAAAGAAAGGCGAAGAGGAAUAAAUGCUUUUGUGUUAUUUAUGCCCUCAAAUCUUAAGAUUCGAUUUUGAUGA